AUGAGGAUUCGCUUACAGCCUGGUAGGAGACCUCAAGGUAAGCGACCACCAGGCAAGCUGAAUAUUGCUUUGCUGUCGUUGCCUGCUCACCAUCUCCAUUUCACCAACGAAUUAGCUCAAAGGCUAGCCAAUCUUCCAGUCGCCUCUGAUGCCUCCGUUGAGGAAACCGCCUCCGUGGAGAACCGAUGGUGUCAACUGAGGGAAGCCGCCCAGUCAACUGGCCUGGCUGUCCUCGGUCGCGCACAUCGCCAACAUCAGGACUGGUUCGAUAAAAAUGACGUCGCUACCAGCAACUUAUUCGCCGUGGAGGACCGACUGCAAAAAGCCUAUGCCAACCGCUCCACCGACGAAAACAAAGCAGCCUUCUACCGUUGUCACCGUCUUUUGCAACAGCGGUCGCGGGAGAUACAGGAGGACUGGACGGUUCGCAAGGCCGAAGAGAUUCAAGAAUACGCGGACCGCAACGAAUGGAGGAACUUAUUCGUCGCGAUCAAAGGCGUCUACGUUCCGCCAACCAAAGGUACUACUCCUCAACUCAACGCCGACAGCAGUACCCCACUUACCGAGAUACAAACUCUACAGAGAUGGGUCGAGAACUUUAGAGGUGCCAUCAACUGUCCCUUCACUAUCUCCGACGCCGCAAUCGCCCGUCUACCUCAAGUGGAGACCAACAGCGAGCUCGACCUCCCGCCCUCUCACCACGAAACCAUCGGGACCAAGCAACAUCCCUCUAGGGGGAAAGCACCCGUCUCGGAAGCAAGCCCUACUGAGAUCUACAAGCACGGUAGUCACCAACUGAUGGAUCUUCGGGCGGCGGUCUUCCAGAAGAUGUGGCUUCAAGGACACGUCCCGCAGUAUUUCAAAACGCCACAACCGUCUAUCUCUAUAAGUGGAAUGCUAAUUGUCAGCUCUAUGACAAGCACUGAGGCAUCUCCUUCCUCGACAUCGCCGGGAAAUCCUUCGCUCGUAUUCUUCCCAACGGUCUUCAAUAACCAUCUGGAACAGGGUCACCUGCAAGAAAGACAGUGCGGCUCCCACCGUCAUCGCGGAACCACUGACAUGAUCUUCACCGUCCGCCAACUGCACGGGAAGUGUUGGGAGAUGCUGACCCACCUGUACUCUACUUUCAUGGACCUGACGAAAGCCUUCGACGCGCUGAAUCGCGAAGAACUGUGGAGAAACAUGCAGAAAUACGGCUGUCCCGAACGAUCCACUCAAAUGGUGAGUCAGCUCCACGAUGGAAUGGCGGCGCGCGUCACGGACAAUGGGGCUGUCUCAAAGGCAUUCGCAGAGACCAAUGGUGUAAAACAGAGCUGCGUCCUCACGCCUACCCUCUUCAGUCUCAUGUUCUCUGCCAUGCUAAUGGACGCCCAACCGUGA